AUGUGUCGUUUCCUUAUAUACAAGGGCAAAGAGCCCAUAAAAUUGUCACAUUUAUUAACCAGACCAGAACACUCCAUUAUCAAGCAAUCUUUUGACUCACGGCUUCGAAUCGAUAGAACAAGACCUAUAAAUGGUGAUGGUUUCGGUGUGGCAUACUACUCUGAGGAUCCAGAGCUAGACGGACCUUGUCUUUUCAAGGCCAUAACUCCUGCUUGGAAUAACCAGAAUCUCGAGACGCUUGCCGAGAAAACCAAAUCGCGUCUAGUGCUAGCACAUGUCCGUGCAAGCACAUACGGUACAUUAAGUGAAACCAACUGUCAUCCUUUCACGUACCAUAACCUAACUUUCAUGCAUAACGGUGGGAUUGGAAACUUCCAUCGCUUUAAGAGGAAACUGUUGAACCACAUAGGCGAUAAAUACUUAUUAAUGAUUCAGGGAAGCACCGAUUCGGAGUGUGCAUUUGCAUUGUUGUUGGAUACCUUAGAACGUAUGGGAUACGAUCCAGCCUCUGAGCAACAGAGGGUGAAAGCCAAGAGAUCCGGCGGUACUAAAAGAUCUUCAGGUAGAUCAUCGAAUCACGUGAUAAUAAGAGAAGCCUUGUUGAAGACUAUUGAUUUAUUGAAGCAAUGGACCCAAGAGGCUGCAGACUCAAGCGACACUUUUGAACCAUCAUUGCUCAAUUUUGCAGUAACAGACGGCGACUGCGUUGUGAUCUCACGGUACAUCACUUCGAGCACGGACGAGGCACCUUCACUACAUUUCAGUUGUGGGUCCAGUUUCGUUGAAUCUGGACCUGGAGAAUACAGAAUGGAAAGGUUAGACCGUAACCAGGACGUGAUAAUGGUGGCGAGCGAACCUUUAACAUUUGAACGUGGGGACUGGACAGCCGUCCCAACAAAUAGCAUAUUAACUAUAAGAAACCAAACCGUGCUUCUUCACCCAGUUAUAGACGAAUACUACCAAGCAGACCCACUAUACGCCAGAAGCUCUACAUUGGCCGAGAGCAAGGGCCUCAUGGGAUCCGUUCCUGUCUCAAGUCCAGUGGACCCAAAAGUCCCUCCUUUAGAAAGAGACCGGAGAGUGUACAUCACGUGA